GUUUUAAACAAUCAUCAAAACAUUGACAUAUAACGACACUUCUUUGAGUAAGGCAGUUAAAAGGCUCUAUUUUUUCAAGAGGUUUGUGGCAAUUUCUUUUCCAUUAAGUUAAAUAAUUAGCACAGAUUUGUGUCCUCUGCCCCUAGCACGUCACAUCUCGACGGCAUAAAACCGCGAAACCCUACCUAUACCUGUUUUUUCCCUCCGCCGAUGGGUUGGGUUGUGAGUUUUUUUGUACGCGCGUAGGAAUAUGUCCUUUAGCCCGUGAAGGCAGCAGCGCUCUCGCCGUGGCCCUGCUGAUAUCAGGGCUGAGCGCCAUCACCAGCUGACACAAGCAGGAGGCAGCGCGGGGACACCAGCUCCACCGCAGCAGCUCCACAGUCAUCUCACAGAGGAGGCGAUGGGAGGCAGCGCCGCGCACCACUAGACGCGCUUCCACCGGGCCUCUGUUUUGGCGUCACACAAAGCAAUGUGGAGAAAAUAAAGAACCUGAUACGCUGAAAACCAGAGAUUAUAGAGAAUGGGCUGUGUCCAAUGCAAGGAUAAGGAAGCAACCAAAUUUACAGAAGACAGAGAUACCAGCAUCUCCCAGGGACCCGGCUACCGCUAUGGGGCCGACCCCACACCACAGCACUACCCCAGUUUCGGGGUCAACGCCAUCCCCAACUAUAACAACUUCCAUGCCCCAGUUGGACAGGGGAUGACCGUCUUCGGUGGGGUCAGCACUUCCUCUCACACUGGAACCCUUAGAACCCGCGUUGGGACGGCAGGAGUCACCCUCUUUGUGGCACUUUACGACUACGAGGCGCGGACAGAAGAUGACCUCACCUUCAGGAAAGGAGAAAGGUUCCAGAUUAUCAACAGCACCGAAGGGGACUGGUGGGACGCUCGCUCGCUCACCUCUGGUGGCAGCGGCUUCAUUCCCAGUAAUUAUGUGGCUCCAGUGGACUCGAUCCAGGCUGAGGACUGGUACUUUGGUAAACUGGGCCGUAAGGAUGCAGAGAGGCAGCUGCUGUCCACAGGCAACUCAAGAGGCACCUAUCUCAUUCGGGAGAGUGAAACCACAAAGGGUGCAUUCUCCUUGUCCAUAAGAGACUGGGACGAUGUAAAAGGUGACCACGUCAAGCACUAUAAGAUUCGUAAGCUCGACAGCGGCGGUUACUACAUCACCACCAGGGCUCAGUUUGACGCGUUGCAGCAACUCGUUCAGCACUACUCAGACCGAGCUGCUGGGCUCUGCUGUCGCUUGGUGGUUCCCUGCCACAAAGGGAUGCCCCGCCUCGCCGACCUGUCCGUCAAAACCAAAGACGUGUGGGAGAUCCCACGGGAGUCACUGCAGCUAAUCAAGCGUCUUGGGAAUGGGCAGUUUGGGGAGGUCUGGAUUGAGAGUGCGGAUGGUUUGUGCUUUAAUUUAACGGGCGUGUGUGUGAACUACAUCCCUGACACUGUGGGCUUGAAUCACGAUUCCUGGGAGAUCGCCAGACACACACUUGAAUUGGAAGUAAAGCUGGGAACAGGAUGUUUUGCUGAAGUGUUUUAUGGAACGUGGAAUGGCACCACUAAGGUGGCGGUGAAGACUCUAAAGCCUGGCACCAUGUCUCCAGAGUCCUUCCUGGAGGAGGCUCAGAUCAUGAAGAAACUCCGCCAUGACAAGCUCGUGCAGCUCUACGCCGUGGUGUCUGAGGAGCCCAUUUACAUUGUCACAGAAUACAUGGGCAAAGGAAGCCUGCUGGAGUUCAUGAAGGACGGAGAAGGACGGGGGUUGAAGCUGCCAAACCUGGUGGACAUGGCGGCACAGGUGGCAGGAGGCAUGGCCUACAUUGAGAGGAUGAACUACAUCCACCGAGACCUGCGCUCCGCCAACAUCCUGGUGGGAGACAAUCUGGUGUGCAAGAUCGCAGACUUUGGCCUGGCCAGGCUCAUUGAAGACAAUGAAUAUACUGCUCGGCAAGGUGCAAAGUUCCCCAUCAAGUGGACCGCUCCGGAGGCUGCGCUGUACGGGAAGUUCACCAUUAAGUCAGAUGUGUGGUCAUUUGGCAUCUUGCUCACGGAGCUGGUCACCAAGGGCCGGGUGCCUUACCCAGGGAUGAACAACCGUGAGGUGCUGGAGCAGGUGGAGCGGGGCUACAGAAUGCCAUGCCCUCAAGACUGCCCCAUCUCGAUGCACGAGCUGAUGCUGCAGUGCUGGAAGAAGGACGCAGAGGAGCGGCCCACCUUUGAGUACCUGCAGGCCUUCUUGGAGGACUACUUUACAGCCACUGAGCCUCAGUACCAGCCCGGGGACAACCUCUAGGCCCCCUUCAAACCCUGUCUAUCUGGUGGUGGGUGGGGGGGCGGCUCAGGGCUGGGACCACAUUGACCAAAUCCGUACUGUUAAAAAAACUCUUGAACCCUCCUGGCUACGCCUGCAUUUUAGGGAUUUGUGAAGCUUCCUCAGCUCAACCCAGUAUUUUUCGCUUUACACCAAGCCCCAGAAACACAACCCUCAGUCUCUGACACCCCCCCUAUUGCCUGAACUCUGCAACUGCGAUAAUAAGGGAAGCUGAGGGAUGAAGGAUGGACAGAAACAAGUGGGGUUGUGAUAAUGCAAUGACAUACAUGUAUUAACUGUAAAUAAAAGGCUUGUUUUAGAUUAUU